GCAGACAGUCAGUCCUCUCCCGGUACUGUACAGGAGACACCACUAGCAGGAAAGACACUAGCACUGGGUUCUGGAGUUCACACUGUACUGUGCUGGACUUCUUAAAGCUAAGCCGGGAGUAACUUGCAAGACAGCGCUGGGAACACUGCAUGUUUUCCAGAGCACUCCAGCGAAAGGGAAGGCAGUGCACCCCACUAAGCCGGUUUCUGGGAAUCGCUUUCUUUUUAAAGCAGGAGACCGCUGUUGUUCAGGGUCUGCUGUGUUAACCUUUGGUGCCUUACCUAUUGAAGCAGGCUGAUGUGGAAUGUGACCCCUGCCACAGUCCAGUGGGUGUUUUGUGAAAUAAGGCAAAAGCUGCAUAGAAUAAGAAAAUAAGGGAAGACAAACAAAAAUAAAACUUGUUGUUUUCCUCAGUAUGCCCGUUGAAAUUUUGCACGCAGACAGAAUGGUUACACAAGUGUCGUCAGGAGCAACCUUCACCUCCGCGAUGCCUUUCCGGAUCCUUAACAAGGGGCCUGAGUACUUCCGCAGGCAGCUGGAGCCCAACUCCAAAAAGCUGAGCGCCGUGGAGAGACUGGAGGCUGAUAAGGCCAAGUACGUGAAGAGCCAGCAGGUCGCCAGCACCAAGCAGGAGCCGGUGAAGCCGCCCCUGAUCAAGAAGGCUCUGAUGUCCCCCGGGGUCCUGCGCACCAUCAACACCCCCACCCGCAAGAUCCCCCUGGGCCUCCGAAGGGGCGAGGGUUGCGGUCGGAGGGGGGCCCUGAACAUCGACAUCCUUAACAACCUCAUCAACAUCUGCGACAGCCCCCUGUCCUCGUCGCCUUCUCCCAAAACCGAGACGGGGGGCUCCUCGCCGAGGGUAAACGCUACGUGGGAGAAACAGCCAGACGGACAAGCCAAGCUCUCUGGUGGCUACAGCAACCUGUCCAAGGUGUCUCCAAAUUCAGUGACUGUGCGGAGGGUCGAUGUGCGGCCCAACGCGGUGCAGCAGCAUCCGAAGCAGCGGCUGCAGCAGCGGCUGCAGCAGCAACAACCGCAGCAGUGUGUUCGACAAACCUCUCCUUGCGUCUGCAACGUUAUCCCACCCUCCUCCCCGGCCUACACCAGGAUUUCCUCCACCAGUUCUAGGAGUUCCAAAAGGGGACACCCCUCCUUGAAUCGCUCCAAAUCGGACCUGAGUGACCGCCACUCAAGGGCCACUGCCGACCUGGAGCGCUUCUUCAACUACUGCGGCCUGGAUCCCAUGGAGAUCGAGAACAUCGGCGUGGAGCGCUUUGCCCGGGCCAGCUCCGACAUUGUCUCCGUCAAGCUCCCCAGCGUCAGCACACCCAGCUCGGAGCAGAGCUGCCAGACCGAGGAGAGAGCCAGCGAGCGCGAGCCUUACGGCAUCUCCAUCAUCGAGAGGAACGCCCGCGUCAUCAAGUGGCUCUAUGGCAUCCGUCAAGCAUGUGAGAACCAGAAGGUGUCCAACGUGUAGCCCUGCUGCUGCCGGACAAGACAGAGACUUGUUUAGUGCCUGACUGUGCUUUCAAUAUUUAAUAACUAGAGACACUCUUGAGAUUCCAAGGAGCAGUGCAGUUCGCUUUUUCUAUUUUAUGAGCCAAUCUUGUUGUGCUUUUUUAUGGACAAACUGAGAGCUGAAAAAAAGAAAGUAAACAAUGAAUGAAGCUGUAACACUAGGGCAACUGGCGUGGAAGAAAGGUCAGGUUAAACUGUAACUUAAACAUUGAGACGCUGCCCUUGUGUUCAAACAGGGUUCUGUGCCAAAGUGUAAGCUUAACAGCGCUUGUAAAGCCUGAUGUGUUUUAAGGUAAGAGAGUAAAGAAAAUGGUUUGCUUAGGGAGCGGUGAAAGGCUAAUACAGGGAGUAAACAGGUAUAUUAUUUGACAUUUAUUUCAAAAGACAAGUUAUUAUGAAAACAAAGUUUGAAAAUACAAAGAAAAAAAUAAAUACAAUUUCAUAAUCGCUGUGAAAUAAGGGGUUAAUAUUAAAUUCAGUUUAACAAGCCUGGUUCCUCCUGGCCUGAUCCCCAUGUAUCAAGCGGUCAUUUUACACUGUUUCAUGUGUGUGUGGUUUAUCAUUGAACUCUACAGGGCUUUCUGUGGUACUUUUAAAAUAAAGCUACUGACUAUCUAAUGGGGUUGCAUUCCACUUUUCCGAAGUUUUUAUUGUAUUUAUCGAGCUGCUCUUUGGGCAAAGUGAUUUUAAGGUUUGAGUUGUCAGUUUUGUUGUGAUAAACAGGUGGUACAUGUAAGUGCUGAGGGGUUUUUUGAAGGUGUCGUAUGUCAGGCGUCUGUGUGUGAGGGAGUGAUCAGGCCAGCUAGUGUUAAACACUGAAGCGGAGAGGAGAGGCUCUGUGGAGAUCUCUCUGUAAACUGGGUGUGAAAUGCACAUUAGAUUGGUUAGAUAAAGGGGAUGAAGUUAGCUGGGAAGAUAAAGGGGAUGAAGUUUUCAAGUUGAGUAAAAGAAGUUGCAGGUAUAAGUAAGGACUCAAAGGUGUAGGGCAGAAAUUUUUUUUUAUUCUGUUUAGAAACCGAUUUUAAGCAUAGAUCGGUUGUAUGUGUGUAUACAGUGUAGUGUGCAUUUGUGACAAAUCCUGAGCAAUUUAAAGGAGGCUGUCCUGUCCAUUGCAUGACUGUCCUUCACAUGGAACAGUGGCUUUUUAAUGGGUCACAAUGAGCGGCUUUUUGUUUUGCAGAUUCUCGGUGUAAUGCAACCCCAAACCCACACCCAAACCAGUCUAACCCAAUCAACAGCAGCUGAUGCAAAUGCAUAUUGCGUUUUUGGAGAGACGAUAGACGACCGUUCAAAGAAAGAUGAUUGCUGAGUAGAAAUGCUGAAGAAAAUGUUUGUGUAAUUUCAUUUUUUUCUAUCUGUCUAGUUCAUUGAUUAUUGUUAUUUUAUUUGGUCUUUUUCUGGCUUGGGACAAAUGUAAAAUGAGUACGGUACAUUCUGGUUUAAAAAAAAAAAAAAAAGGAAAGAAAAGUGUCUCCCAAAUUUACCACUGUUUCUGCGUGCUCUGUUUUGCUUAAAAAGCAGUCUGGGUCAGCUGUGUUGGGCUUCUCUGUGAUUACUAGAUGUGUGUGGUUAAUCCAGAACAAUGUGAAUACCCUUCUGUGUGUGUUGUUUUAUUGGGAUGGGAUGAAUUGACUCUACAGGGUAAAUGCACUGUAUAGAAUGUGCACUGUCUGGUUUUCAUCAGCACUUUAUCAGGAUGCAGUUUGAACAAACACAACACGAAAGGGGUGUAGUUGUAUGAUCUUCCUAUCCUACACUACCUGCAAAUUUACUGAUACUGCAUGCUGUGAGUGGAGUGAGAUUGUGAUGGCAUCCAAUUCAUUGGCUUUUAUUUAAGAAAUCUCAAGAUUAUUUUCUGUUGUAAAUACCAUUGAUUUUUAUAAUGCAAAUCAAAUGAAGGCUGUGAAAAUGUGACAGUGCAUAUUUUAAAUGUGCAAAAUUUGUUUAGAUUUAUAGACAACGAAUAUGUUGUGCUUAUUGGUGAAUAAACGUCUGGCAUAUUUAUCUUAAAAGGACAGAUAUGAUCAGGUUUAACUGUCUGCUGUCCUGUACCAGCUGUGUUUAUUUACUCUGUUUUUGUUAAUCCUAUAACUUUUUUGUGCAAUACUUGAAUUCGUUGGUUCAAAAUUCAACUUAGUAUGAAGUAAAUCUGAUGUCAUUCAUUUAGAUGUGUUUUGAGUGUCACAUUGUGUGAAACAACUUCAACAAAACAAUAUACAGGCAAACUUAGAAUAAAACUGCCACUGAUCAAUGUCAACCCUACUCCCAGAGUUUCCAAACAAAUCUGUUUUAACCCUGGGUGAAAAAAAAAAACAAAACCUAUCUAAUAAGAUCACAUACGAAAUAAGAUAAUAUUGGUCUGUGAGGGAAUACUGAUAGGAGGGUCCUGCUGCUGGAGAUUGCUUGAUCACACACACACGCACACACGUUUUAGAUUGGAUUAUCACAAACACAAGUGUGGCUUUGUUUAUUACAUUCAGUUUGCAGCAGUUGUAUCUGGCAGAAUUCCACUGAACAAUGAAAGUAACCCCUUUAUCCAAUUGAUGUAAAAUAACCAAAUUCUUCUGUUAAAUGAUUGUAUUGUUAAAGAGACAUGGGGUCUGUUGGAAUGGAAUUGAUUUCUGCUGCUAAAGCUCUUCCUGGCAUGACCUGAAUGGUAUAACAUGCUGCCAGUUGCUGCACAAGCACAUGGCACAGCUGAUGCUUCACAACAACUGUGUCUCUCCUCUUGUGUGUUUUGCAGUUUCGCUGUAUUUGUAUAACCGGCAGCCAGGAAGCACAAUGUGUCCUUUUCCCAUGCAAAUCUCCUCGUAUCGCAACGACACAAAGGUUAAGAAAAGAAAAGAAAAAAAAAAACGUAUUCCUGAAUUUCAGCUGCACCUGUACCUUUCACUCUGGUUUUUUUUGUACAUAUUUAUGUUGUUUUUUUUUCGAGAAGAAAAAAAAUAAACAAGCACUGCAUUCCUUAAAUGA